CAGUCGGGGUUUCCGUGCGUGCGUCGCGCGGUUGUUUGACGCAGAAUGCGUCCAAUAGGAGCUCUCCGCUACAGGGGCAGGUCGCCCCAGACAACCUCGCCGGCGCCGAUGCCGGGAGGGGAUAAGGACGCUACGCCCCGACCCCUUGAUCCCAUCCCCUCCCCACUUGCUUCCUUGCCUCCCAGAUCCACCCCGCUCUCCCUCUGGCCUCUCUCCCCAACGUCGCCCGACGCUGUCGUCGCCGUUCUUCUCGCACCGCCACGGCGACCGUCGACCCCGAGCUUCACCAACGCAUCCAGGAGCUCCGCUCCGCCGUUCUCCGCUCCUUCGUCUCCGACCAUCAGCAGGAGCUGGGAGGCCCCGCUGAGGGCGUUCUUCUCCGCCCCCUUCCACCUCUGUCGCCGACGAUCCUCGUCGUCUCCGGCGAACCCUGCAGCUACUAAUCCGUCGAGGGCUUUUCUUAGCCGCUCGAUGACGGAUCCCAGGAGCCAGACGACACCACUGAUAAUUACCACUAGCCCCGAGGGUACCUACUACUACAAGACGACCGCUGACGACUUGGAGUAGUUAUGAGGCUCCCAAGCAGGAGGCCUUGCCUUUUCGAUCGUUGUUACUUUUGUGCUGGCCUUCUUAAGGCAAACUUGUUUAACUCAUGUCUGUACUCAGAUAAUGU